AUGUCCAAGAUAGAUGAAUCCAAGUUCCACGACAUUGGUCAAAACCUUCCGGUUACCCACCAUCAUAAUAUCUAUCCAGGAAUAGAGCCAACCAAGUUCCAAGGAUCCAUGAAUGGAAAGCGAGAGGUGGGCUUAUGUCUGUGGGUGGUCUUCAUCACUGGCGCGUCGAGAGGGAUUGGAGAAAGCACGGCCCACGCUUUUGCCAAGUCUGGGGCACUUCUCUUCCUGGCUUCUCGCAGACUCGAGACGUUGGAAGCUGUGAAGAAGGAGAUUCAGAAGGACCUUCCUAGUGCGAAAGUGGCUUACCAUGUCACCGAUGUCGUCAAGCCGGAUGAUGUCAAGAGAGCAGUUGAAGCGUGUAUUCAGACGUUUGGACAGCUUGACAUCGUGAUCAGCAAUUCCGGUGUGUCAGAGGGAUUCAUAGGCAUGACGGACAUUGAUCCGGAGAAGUGGUGGUAUACGUGGCUAUACCAUUCCCCAUCUGUCAAAAUCCGGAGGACGUCUGAUUUUCGUCUCAAGCAUCGGAGCUCAAUUUUUGACACCGGGGCUUUCGGGAUACCAAAGGUAUCGCAUUCCCUCAGUUGGAGGCACGAUGAAGCUAAACAGCACUUGCAUAGCACGAAGCACGCUUUAAAUCGUGUUGUCGAAUUUAUUGUCGCCGGUGGAGUGAAUACUGCGAUGGCUGAUACAGUUGGUGCGGAGAUCCGCAAGUAUCUGAUCGACGACGUCCAGCUGUCUGCGUGGACGAUGGUCCGUCUUGCCAGCGGCAAAGAUGAUUACUUGUCAGGAAGAUAUGUCUCCGCCAAUUGGGAUCUGGAUGAGGUAACUACCAAGUGGAAAGCAGGCAUCGUGGGGGACGAUGCGCUGAAGAACAGACUGUUGUUGCCGAGGGGAGAGUAG